AUGAAUCUUGAGACAAAUAGGCUGAACACAUUCACAAAUUGGCCUUCCUCAGCCCCUGUAGAUCCCAUAAGGAUUGCCAAGGCGGGAUUCUUUUACACAGGACAAGGAACUGAAGUGCAAUGUUUUAGUUGUGGGGGAAAAAUUUCGCAGUGGAACUACGGCGAUCAAGUUAUGUGGCGACAUCGUACGAUGGACCCGAAUUGUGCAUUCGUCGUUAAUCCCCAACUGUCCGGUAAUGUCCCUCUAGUUUUCAGCAGAGAAUGUCCUUCCAGCGAUGAUGUCGCAUCACGCUCUGAAUCAUCCCCAGUAAGAUCAACACUAUCUUCAUCUAAUGAUCGGCAAAAUGACCCUGAAUUGUCAGAAGAUUAUGGCCUUACUGAAGAAGAUGAAUUGUACAAAACUUAUAUACUUCGGCUACUUUCUUUUACUAAUUGGAAUGACAGCUCAGUAUCUCAAGAGGCAUUGGUAAAUGCAGGGUUCUAUCAUGUGGGUGAAGGUCGUCUUCGUUGUGCUUGGUGCGGUGGGGAGCUUGCACCUUUUAGAAAUUUUGGUUCUUUAGGAUCUCCCCUUGAAGUACAUAGAAUGUAUUUUCCUCGUUGUGCGCAUGCAGCGUCUCUCGAGGCAGCUCAGCUUAGUUACGACGCUAGCGCAACGCCAACCCCAGCUAUCAACAGUCCAACGCCACCAACUGACACGACCGAUAACAACCAGCUGCAGUCGUCUGGUGCCGCUCAUAACGCACGUGUGGUAGCGGCUGGCAGCUCGUGGCGGGCUUUAGGUGUUGUGGGGGGUGGGGCCAGGCAUGCGGACUACGCUGCACUUGCGACUCGUCUCCAGACCUUCAGCCGCUGGCCAGCUGAUCGGCCGCAGCAGCCGCGGGCACUAGCUGAAGCGGGCUUUUACUACACUGGUGUCGAUGACCAGGUCCGAUGUUUUUACUGUGAUGGGGGGCUGGGCAAGUGGGAGGCGGGUGACACCCCAUGGACGGAACACGCGCACUGGUUCCCGCACUGCGGCUACGUGUUGCUCGUCAAAGGACAGGAGUUCGUCGACUCGUGCCGCAAUCGUACAACCGUGCAGCGUACCGUCUCUGCUGAUAGUGGACUAAGUUCGAGAAGAAGAAAUCAAAGUGUUAAUUUCCCUAUUGAUGAAAGUCAGGUUGAUGAGUGUAUGGAAAGCAGUGCAGCUUUAGCAGCUCUUGGCGCCGGGCUGGACGCAGCUCGAGUGAGACGCGCUAUAGUUCGUCGGUUACGUUCCACUGGUCUCCCCUUCACUUCAUCGGAGGCUCUAAUAGAUGCAGUACUAGAUGAACAAUUGAACGAGGAAGCCUGGAGCGUGACACCGCAAAGCCAAAGAUUGGCGAGGGACAUACUCGCUGAGACGUUAAGGGACUUUGCACCUAGAUCUAGAAUAAUACCAUCGUCACAGAACGAAGAGGAAUCCGAAAGCAGCUCCGAAUCAAAUAGUACACCUCCUUCCCCAACGCCAGUCGAAGUGAGAGAAUCUGUCCCAACCCAACCUCCACAGACUGAUGGUGUUCAACCAGAAAGCUUAAAUACUUGCGACAGAGACAGUAAUACGACAAAUACUGAAGACACGAGUGCUCAAAACAGUGAGCCGAGUCCGGUGACACCAAAGAAAGAACUAACUUUAGAAGAAGAAAACAGACAACUAAAGGAAGCGAGACUUUGCAAAGUGUGCAUGGAUAGUGAGGUGAGCGUGGUGUUCCUGCCGUGCGGGCACCUGGUGUCGUGCGCGGGCUGCGGCGCGGCGCUGGCGGCGUGCCCGCUGUGCCGCGCCGCCGUGCGCGCGCUCGUGCGCGCCUACCUCGCCUGA